AGUGGCACAUCGUACGAGGUAUCGGGAGGUUCGCAUCUGAGUUUCUUCUAUACUUAUAUACACAAAUUGGAUGCCAGGAUGAAGUUUUUGAUCGCAUUUUUGGCUCUAACGAGCCUCUGUCACGCCGACGUGUCCCACUUUCUGCAAGCACAGGGGGCCGUGGAUUACCAGGAGCCGACCACAACGACACAGGGACCACCGAAACCCUACAGCUUCAAAUACAGCGCGGGCCGAUAUCCCGGACACAUCGACAGGGUCCAGAGUGAGUCUAGCGAUGGCUUCGGCCACGUUCGAGGAUCGUAUUCUUUUGUCGAUCCCAAAUUCAAAGUCAGAACUGUGCAGUACACCGUAGAUGAAAAUGGCUUUCAUCCAUCUCUGAACAAUUACGACGAUAUAUUGAGACAACCAACAGAUUCUGAAGCUGUAAAACAAGGUAGAGAAAGACACCGCAUACUUUAUGAAAAUAUUGCCGCUCGCAACUCCCAAGGCGCCCAACAUUAUAUACCUCAGGAUACUUAUGUCGUGGCAAGAGCCAAAAACCAUCAUCACUAUCUUUUCCAAAAAAUAGCAGCAGAACACGCUGCAAUAGGAGCGCAACGCGAGAACACACGUUCGGCCUUUGAAGCAACCUCCGUAGCAAACGAAGUCAACAAUUCAGAGGAUUAUUACAAUUACCGUCGAGCCUUAUAAUUCAAUAUAUAAAUCCACAUUCAGUGCACGUAUUUUACAAAACUAUUUAUACCAAUCGAUUUUGACUCAAACCUACCCCAAACACAAAAUGUUAUAGUCAGUAGAAUGCUUAUAUGUAUACUUUUGUAACUUUCAAUACUGAUAGUCUUGAAGACCCACAGAAAAAAUGCCAUUUGCUAUCUGGAUAGUGUACUCCCUAGAUAUUCUGUUAGCUAUGUAAUCGUAAGAAUUUAUUAAAUUUAGUAUUUUUUCCUUAUAUCGUUGAUUUUCCGCUUAUUUUAAUAUCAAUUAUUAUAAUUUAUGCGGUAUAAAAAAUGGGAACAGAAAUUUAAGUAAUAUAAAAUAAGACUAGUAUAUAAUUACCAUGCUUAUUUAAUUUCUUUUAGGUAUAAAUUGCUUUUAUAUAUGGUUUUUACAAGAUAUAUGUUUAUGUAGAACAAUAUCUAUUAUUCUAAAGAUGAUAAAGUUCACCAACAGUUGAAAUAUUCGUUUUAUAGAAGCUUUUACUGAAUCUCGUAGUAGCAUUUUUAAUAAUGAUUAUAUAAUUUUUAUAGAAACUUUUUUUUAAAUAUAUUACGAAAUUAAAAGAUA